UUGCCUGAAGAAGCACAAGUUCUUCGUUGCAUACCAACCCAACUUAUAGCUCUAUUAAUUUUCCAUGAUUCAACUGUACAACUAAUUAACCAAUAUAGUAGAUGGCCUGCGGAAUGAAGUUUCAGGGAGUGAAGGUAGGACUGCUGUUGAUGAUGCUAUUAUCAUUGGCUGCCAUAGUUGUGGCAGACAUAGAUUGCUCCACAGUGACAGGGCUUCUCUCAACCUGCUCAACGUUCAUCAUCUAUGGCUACCCAGACCCACUUCCGGGUUCGUCAUGCUGUGAUGCGAUGGUGAGCCUGAGGUUGAUGGCAGAAUCCGGUGAUAAUAGGAGGUUCGUUUGUAGAUGCUUCAUGGGCCUGAUUGCUGCCUAUAAUCCAUUAGGCACUGCUAUUGCUACAUUGCCAGGCUUUUGCGGAAUACAUCUGGGCUUCACUGUUUAUCCUAACACAGAUUGCACCUCGUAAAUCUUACUCUUGCUCUCACACCAUCUAGAUUCUCUUGCACAUCUGACAUAUAAAUGGAAUAAUAAAAAAAUAUACCAAUAAGUUGCUUAGCAUUUUAUUAAAAACCGAAUUUGACGUAAUUUAAGUAUUGAAAACAGUUAUUAAACUUUGUUAACUAGGUUGAUUAUCUUUUCAUGCAGCUUUGGUUGAGUUUGGUUCUAGAGGAAGAAGUUGGAUAGAGAUGGAAUAAGAAGUCUGUCUUCAAGUGCUCUUGUUAAACAAAAUCAUAAAAUAAGUGAGUUGUUAUUGUAGAAAUUAGUAUUUCUCUAAUUUAUCCUUUGUUCCUUAUCUGCAGAAGAAAUGAGAAGAGAAUAUUUAAGAAGCUUGUUUAAUUUGCAAGAAAAAGAGAAGUAGAUUAGUAUGAAUGAAAUAAUAGAUAUGUUCCUAAAAAAAAACUAAAGCUUCUAUGGAUGAUAAUUCUAUUUGCUUAUUGAGUUGAGAAUACAGAACCAAGCAGAAGAAGAUGUUCCAAUGGCAGUCGUUUAUUUUAUUGUAAUGAUGAAUCACUAUCAAACAUGGAUCUGUUUGUCAUUUGCUUUAGCCGAAAGAGAAUUUGAUUGGGAAGGUUUUUAAAUCUCACAGGAUCAACUUGAGACAGUGGUAAAAGCAAAACAUGCACUUCAGAUUCAGGACAAGCUAUCCAUUCUUUCAAGAUUUGCUUUAACGCGACGCAAUCACUUACCGUUUUCUUGUGGGCAGCGACAAAAACUUUGCUAAUUACUUUUUCAACGUCAUCAUCAUAAUUUAUUUCAUAUCAUAAACAUUCUUCAACUGUGUGAUUCGUUGGCUUCUUGUGGGUAUCCAAGGUUGCAUUUGAUAGAGGUGGCAGAACAUUGAAUUUCUCUGUCAAUUUGAUAUGUAGCCAUAUCAGGCAAAUCGCUGAUAGGACAAAUCAAGGGCCAUGCACCAUAGAUCAAACAGGAAACUUUCCGACAUUUGUGAAUGAAAAUGGGGAUAAAAGGUAUACUAGUUCACUUUUAAUAUGAAACUCACACCGAUCAUAGAAGAGUGUUCCAUCCUAUUUACAAAGCUCAAAUAUGUGCUAUGUUUAGGUAAUAUUUAAUUUCUCUACGUGCCUUAAGAGAAAUUGUGAUGCCCAUCCUACAUCCGCGGUUACAAGAAUUAUAAAGGUUUUAUAAUUUACUUAGCUCAAAACCACAAAAAGUUAAUUAGUUUAGAUUAAAUAAAAAA